AUGUCGCAGCCAUUUCCGACCACAUACACCAGGAGCGACUACCCGCUCUUCGCCGUCGAAUUUGACCCGGAGGAUGAUUCGCGCAUCAUCGCCAGCGGCGGAGGAGGUCCCAACCGCUCCGGCGUGCCCAACAAACUCAGCGUCCUGGAAACCUCCGGCGCAGACGACUUGCGCAUCGUCGGGGAGCUCGACUUACCACGCAGCGAGGACAGCGUCAUGUCCCUCGCCUUUGCCGGGCGCAAGGGAAAGACGAUCAGCGUUCUCGCGGGCGUCAACUCGCACCAGGACGACAUCGUCAAGGGAAAGAACGAGCAUUUGCGUAGCAUCUCGAUUCGCGGCACCGGCCCCGACACCAGCGUCAAGGAGGACCUCCGCCACCCGCUCAUCGUCGACUCGGCCCCGGCGGUCUACCAGCGGCUGCUGCGCGUGGCCGGGAACCUUGGCGCGGCGGCCUCCGCCAACGGCAAGGACCCGCAGGUCGCGCUCUUCGACGUCCCCAGCAGCAGGGGUGCCGCGCUGAAGAGCCGCGGGACGAUCGAGCUCCCCCGGGAGGCCGAGGACAUGGACCUCGUGCAGUUGGCGGACGGCGACCACCUGCUGACGUACUGCUACGGCCAGGAGCUGUUCCUGGUUAAGGUGGGCAAGGGCCAGCAAGACCCGCAGCUCAUCUACAACAUCGCGUCCGACGAUACGGUGGCGCCCUCAGCGGCCACUCGGCCCAAGUUCCGCUUCGCGCGUUUCCUCGGCCCCGAGUUCAUUCUCACCGUCGCCAACAUCGGCCGCGCGGGCGCCGUCGUACACGGCUUCCGCCUGCCUAAGCCCGGGCAGGAGAAGGCGCGCCUGGCCGUGUCGGCCAAGCUGGACCGCAAGACGCAGGCCACCGCGUUUGCGCUCGCCAGCCUCUCGCGCCCGACGCUCAGCGCCAAGGGCGGCGUCGAGUCGCUCGGCGACACGCAGUUUGUGAUUGCCGUCGCGCGCGGCGACGCCUCCAUCUCGCUCAUGUCGCUGACGCACGUCGCGUCGCCGGCCGUCAACCUCCUCACCAGGCUGCACCCCCUGACGACUCUGCAGGGCGUGCACGGCCACAGCGAGAUCACGGGCAUGGCCCUGUCGACGUUUACCGCGCCGACGAAGAAGGCGGCGGCGGCGGGGGAGACGCAGUUCCUCAAGCUGGUGAGCGUCACAAUGUCCAAGUCGAUUGCGCUGCAGAGCAUCCCGCUCAAGCAGUUCGUAGACAAGACGCCGAGGAACAAGAACGCGCCCCCGCGGCCGGUCCGCUACGUCACCAAGAUGGAGGCCAGGGCUCCCACGACGGCCAAGAGGGCCAUCACGCUCUUCUCCAUCGUGGUGCUCCUGCUCGCGCUCGUCGGGCAGUACGUGUUCGAGGUGAUGGGCGCCGGCUACCCAAUCUUCUUCCCCGGUGCCUCGACGACGACGACGACGACGCUAACCAGCACGCCAUCCGUGGUUGCUCACCUGCAGAAUGCCGCGCCGGUCGUCGCCGAGAUGGACAGCACCGCGCUGCUGCGGGACGACUUCCUGGCCAAGAUUGUCGGCGACGGGCAGGUGGUGCCGACCGACGACGUCGUGGUGCUGGUAGCUGAGACGCUGAAGCGCGACGCGGGUGAGGGGGAGGGGGCGGUUGCCGCGGAGAUCAAGGUCGAGGCGCACGACGAGGAGGUUCACGGGCCCGGCAAGGCGUGGGAGGAUCUGCCGGAGGAGCAGCGGCACGCGUGGACGGCCCGCCUGCGUGACGCCGGCGCGUGGACGCAGCAGAUGGGCGAGACGGUCUUCAAGGGCGUGCUCUUUGGUGAGAUUGGCGGCGCCAUCGGCCACGCCAUGGCCGGGUGA